AUGGAUACAUAUAUGGGCACGCCUUCGAAGAGACGCUCCAUCUCGGAUGCCGCGGCCACCAAGCUGCAGCCCUCACCACUCCUGACGAGCCGGCUGGCGAACGCGACAAAGGAUGACAACCUGCUGGACACUUCGCCACAGACGCCUAGGCGGUCCGACUUCUUAGCCAGAGGGUUGUCGUUGCAGAUGCCACCCAAGACGACGGCGACGACAGCUACAACUUCCAUGGCAGCUCCUAGCACCAUCCAACGCGUGCCUCUGUCUCCUCAGCUCGACACGCAAACAUCCUACGCCUCGCCCCAGACCUCUCUACCGCGCCAUUCGCGCGGUCUGGACUUCUCCAGAGCAUGCACCAAUCUUCAUCACUCGACGCUCGCCGACAACCCUUCUCCCAGCUCGUCGCCCAUCAUGACACAAAGCACUAGGAAGCCCAGCGUGAACAGCAUGAUGCUCGACUCGCCCAACCUCUGGCCCCAGGUUCAGACCGAUCGUAGUGCCGUCAGUAGCAGUGUGGGCAGUAUUAGCAUGCUUGCCGACGAGGAUAGUGAUGACAGCACGAGCGACGAUGAUGUGAUGGACGACAUGGACGAUCCGAUUCUCACAACUCCGCAAGUGCGGAAAACGACCAACCCGCAGGCUACAACUCCAUUUGGAAACCAUAGCACCAUAAUGUGGAGCAACAACUUUUCACCAGCCCACGCCAGUCUGAUGAAGACCUUCCAGCGUAGUCGUUUGAAGAAAGGACGAAGCAGAAAGAGUUCGAGUAGUGCUAGCAACAACUCCGCCAUGCCCAGCCCACGCACAACGUCGCCGCCACCUUUGCGCAGCAUCGAGGGCUCCGCUCAUUUUGGCUGGCCGCGUUUGAAAGAGACUAGGCCUGAGCAUCCUUCACUUUCAUCGGGCAACGACAGUGGGGACGAAGCCGCUGCUUCCUCCUCAGCCCCUGGUGUUGUACGCCGUGCAGUCACUCGUCGAGGUAAUCUACUGCCGAAGACGAAGAACUUUGCGCGCAUUCGUGCUGCUCUGCUCGAAGAGUCCGCACCCGUCGACAAUGAGGUCCGUCGCGAAGCAGAAACAAUGCGUCAAGUUCACAACCACGACCCGGUUCAUGAUCUCGAAGGUCCUUCUCCUGGUCCUUCGUCUUCACAGCCUAACGCCAACCCUAACGAUCCCAACGACCCACAACCCGACACUAUUACCAACAACAAUCCUAUCAGUUUCAACCUUCAUGCUCACCGCAAUUCUGGUGGAGUCGACUACUGGCACAAGCUCGAAAAUGAACUCCACACACCUCCUCCACCCGCCUUCCCUACAAGAGGCAGCUCAUCACUAUCCGGUGACAUAGCUAUGGACUCACCUGCCGACAGCACCGUCUUACGUUCAGCAUCUGUCAUCAGCAUGAACGAACCAUCCGCCGCUUCGGAAACCGACACCCAGAACUCUACAUACCCUAGUCAAGAUGCCCUUCGCAGGCCCUUUGGAAAGCGUCGCCGAGACGAUGAUUUCGAUAUGCAGAGCUUCAAACGCAGGGCCGUCAGUCCUAGUAUGAGUGUGCAUGGCGGCAGUCCCAUUGUUGCCUCUCCUGCUGCCUCCGCUGCAGCACGUAAUCAAGCUCUACCCAAAGAUGGCGCUCCUCUCGAGAAGAGCACCAGUGGCGGUAACGGCAAUGGUACUGCUCCUAGGAGGAUAGGUCUGCAGGGUAUGGUCGACACGAAUGAGGGCAUCAUGAGGAUGAGCAUUGAGUAG